AUGUGUUCUCCUUUUUCUCGCCAGUAUGUCACCACUAAUCCUUUCAGGCUGCUUCGACUAUUAGUUUUACAUAUUUAACAAAAUUUUCCUUGUUAUUCUAUAUAAACUGAGACAACAUUAAUUUACAUCAGUGACAAACUGUCUACCACUGGGCACUGGGACAUAAGCCAUUUUCUGUUGUGAUGAUGAAUCACAUUCCCCCAAUAAUGGACAUUAGACAGCAUACCUAGAUAUCAUUUGUUUGAACAUAUCAUAAAUCUAAUCAUGGCUGUUUUUAGUCUUCCUUUGUUUUUUCAGUCAGGAUAUCAGCCUCAUAAUUUAGGAGACAUAAAUAUGUAAUCAAGAAGUACAACAACACCUGAAUGUAGACAAGUCCACUGCUCACAAGAGAUUAGAACAAAGUAAACUUCACAUCAUGUGGAAGAAUCCACAAGAGACAGCUCUCUAGACCAGUCUUCCGUGGAAAUAUGGCCAUGUCACCGUCUUUCAAUUUAUGUUGCAAAUAACACGUCUGAAUGUAAUCUAAGCUUGACCAUUGAAUUCUCUUACCUCUUUGAAGACAAAGCCAAUAUGACAUUUGGCACUCAUCUGUGACCAAGACCACGGCGCUCUAGACCUCUAGUUACCAGUCAUUCUGAAAUUGUUAUCUCUCCUAUUUGUCUUCCUCUCCUGCCCAGCACCAUUGGCUGGCCAGACGUUCUGCAGUGAUUGCAAUGGUGCCAGACAACACAAUUGAUAACGUCGUGGGAAUUGGAGUUUUCCUAGUGGUAAUAUCCAUUGCUUGCUUGGUUAUCCAUAUCUGGAUCAAAACACAACAACAAAGAGAACAAGCAAUAUUAAAGUUACAACGAGUGUCUUUGGCAAUAAAAGGUGUGAUAAACCUAUGGAGCAUGGAAGGUGGCAACUUGGGAUUUUCACAGUACGAUUACUCUCAUAUAAAAGAAGCUACAAAUAACUUUUCGGUUGAUAAUAAACUGGGAGAAGGUGGCUUCGGCCCUGUAUACAAGGGCCAAUUGAGAAGUGGAAUUAAAAUAGCAGCCAAGAAACUUGAAGCAUGUUCUUUACAAGGACUAUUGGAAUUCCAAAACGAAAUCCAGCUUAUAGCAAAGCUUCAACACAAAAAUCUCGUUAAGCUGCUGGGUUGCUGCACUAAAGGAGAUCAAGAAAAGAUGCUUAUAUAUGAAUACAUGGAAAAUAAAAGUCUAGAUUACUUCAUAUUUGAUAAUGUGAAGGGAGCAGAUCUAAACUGGUCAAAACGCCUGCACAUAAUUAAUGGGAUAGCUCAAGGGCUUCUUUACCUUCACAAUUAUUCACGGUUAUGCGUUGUCCAUAGGGAUUUGAAAGCAAGUAACAUUCUCUUGGAUAGUGAAAUGAAUCCAAAAAUAUCAGAUUUUGGGAUGGCCAGAAUAUUCUGUUCAAACGCGAAAGAAUCAAAUACUACAAGAAUAGUGGGCACACAUGGCUACAUACCUCCUGAAUAUGCUUUUCAUGGGGUUUGCUCCAUCAAAUCAGAUGUUUUUAGCUACGGGGUAUUGACAUUGGAAAUUCUAAGCUCAAAGAGGACGGUCCAAUUCUAUGAGUACAACCAAAAGCUAUAUAAUCUCAUCUCAUAUGCUUGGCAACUUUGGACGGACGGAAAAUCAGAUGAGCUGAUUUAUUCUCCUCCAGGCAAUGUACGUGAAGAGAUAGAAAGGCACAUUCAGGUGGCACUCUUAUGUGUUCAAGAAAAUGCGGAGCAUCGACCUGAUAUGGAGCGAGUUGUCACAAUGCUAAACAGUAAGGAUGUGGACUUACCCAAGCCUAUGCAGCCAGCUUACUUCCAUGUAAAUCCUAGUGAGGAAGAAGUUUCAUCACGAAGCAUUAAUAUGACUAUGAGUAUCACGCUGGAAAGGUAGAAGCACAUUGUCAUUGUUUUUUGAGAAAAAUGCUUGUAACUAUCUGCAUCAAGAGGGAAAAAAAAUUGCACCGA